AUUAUCUGAACUUGAAACUCUCUCUAUAUAGUUUAAUUUUGAUGGUAGUAACCAAAUACACACACAAUGAUGAUAAAAUCAAUAAUUAUUCAAUCUUCGUCUCCUUUAGCUGUAGUAGAAUCUAAAGAUUUCAAUGGCUGCACUACUGCUAACACAUCCAAGAAAGUUUGCUUAGCAAUCAGUUGCUCUUCUUCUUCAUCUUCAAGAAGCAGUUCUUAUAUUCCUAAACUUCAACCUUUUAGCCGAACUAAGCUCGAACGAGCCGUUAAAUCUCCGCCUUUGAUUCAGAAGUGUGAGAAUGAACUCUCAGAUUACUGUUCAACCCUUGAAGGAGAUGAUUCUUAUAGCUGCUGGAGAGCCUAUUUCGAGCUUAAAGACUUGGAAAGAGAGUCACCAAAAGAAGAUGUAGAGAAGCUGAUUUUACAAGCGGGUGGAGUGAAGUUUUUGAUAGGCUGCUUACAUGGCAUUUCAUCAAUGUUGCACAAGGGAACGAACACCGGUAUCGGCUUCAUGGCACCUUCCACGAGUGCCAAGAAAGAAAAAGAAACUAGGCCGUGCCCUAUACCAGAUGGACUGCCGAAAUCACAAGAAGAGCUCGACGAGGAAGAGGAAGGUAGAAUGCCCGAUUCUCCGUUUACGAGAUUACUUCGCAGCAAAGGACGGUUUCCUGCCUGGUAUUCUCCUGCUCCUGACCAUGAAACAGAUUGAUCAUCAAUCAGCUGGAGAGGUUGAUAUGAAUUGUUUAUACCCAUAGCUAUAAUCAGUAAUUAGUUGUGGUGAAACUUGAAAGUGUGAGAUUCUGAUCUGAUUGUUGUGCAAAUCGUUUUCAAUGGUUAAAUCUUGAUUUGUUUAAUGAGAAGUUCUUGGUAGUUUGUGCUAUAA